AUGUUUCGCCCCGCCGUACGAGCGCUUGCCCGCGCACCCAUCGCCACGCCCUGUGGCCCAGCCAGCAGACGAUUGAUAAGCACCGGUCCUACCAAGUCGAGAAGCUGGAAGAACACCGUCCUCCGACUUGGUCUGGCUGGUGGUGCGAUCUACUACUACAACACUAGCAGCGCAUUCUCCAAAGAGCCCCAAUUCUCCAUCCUCGCCAAGACCCAACAAGACAAUGCCAACGCCUCGUCCGAAACCCUCGACUCCAUCACCCCGAAGAUCCGCGAAGAGCGAGCCGCAGCCCGAAAGGCUAGCGUGAACCCGGAAGAGCUCGAGAAGGAGGCUGGCCAAGAAGCCGCCUUCAACCCGGAGACCGGCGAGAUCAACUGGGACUGCCCUUGCCUGGGUGGUAUGGCGCAUGGUCCUUGCGGAGAGGAGUUCAAGGCCGCGUUCAGCUGCUUCGUGUACUCGGAGGAGGAGCCUAAGGGCAUUGACUGCAUUGAGAAGUUCCAGGGCAUGCAAAAUUGCUUCCGCGCACACCCCGACGUGUACGGUGCCGAACUGGAGGACGAGGAGGAGGCUGAGGCUGCUGAGGCCGGUGCUCCCGCUCCCGCUCCCUCUUCCGAGCGGCCCGCUGCUGUCGCCGCUGAUAUCGAUGCCCCUUCUCAAUCCGAGGUGAAGGCCGACGAAGCAGAGAAGGUCGACUCCACUGAGCCCGAGUUUUUGGUUCCCAAGGCUGCUCACGAUGCCGAGACCAAGAACCAGGAGGCCCAGAAGACUGAGAACUGA